ACCCCUCCUCCCACCAGCGUCCUGGCUGGCUGGCUGGCUGGCGGAGCUCAGAGCGGAGCAGACUGAACUGAACAUCUCGGUGUGUGUCUCUCAUGUCCAGAAAUGUGCGCAGGCUGAAGAAGAACGAGUCGCAUCGCUCCGCGUGUCGCCUCUUCAGACCAACACCCACCACUCUCAUCUGUUUGAUGUAACACUGGAAGCUUUAGACGAAGGAUAAAGGCGCUCUGAACAAAUCCAGCCACUUUCUCUUCAGCCCAGCCACUGAAUGCUGAUUUUUUUUUUUUCUUUUUUUGGACAGUCCUCUUUCCCCUUCUCUCUCUCUCUUCUCUGGACUGGAGGCCUGGCAGAAAGUGGCACAGCAAAAAGUUCUGAGAGCCUGACGUAGGGACCAAGGACUAGCUGGUGAACUCCUGAAUGUGGCAAGACCAACCUGACUAAUCAUCCAAGGUGUCAAGCUGGUACCUGUCCGAUGUCCUCUCCUACCACAGUGUGAUGCGUCAUGGCUCCGGUGCUGAGUGGAGUGUGGUGGGGGCCGGAGGCGGGUGUAGUUGGGUCGGGGGCAGCAGCUGCUACCGGGGUGGCAUCGUGGCUGGGCAGCGAGCAGCUGGUCCUGGUCAUCACCCUCAGCGCCCUCACUGCCCUGCUGCUGGUCUCUGUGCUGCUGCUGCUGUGCGCUAGCUGCCAGGGGCAGAAGAAAGCAGUCAAUGGACAUCCAGCAGGAGACCAUGACAACCUCAUGAAUGGAGUGUCGGAGAGAGAGACAAUCAGCCAAUCGGCAGACAGCCCAGCAACCGAUUUGGCCGUCAGCAGCUCUCACAAUGGUCCUCUAACCAGCGGUACAAUCCUCACAGACACACAGGACACCAGUCCCCAGCCUUCAGAGGAGAUGCUCUCCAGCCAAUCAGAGCUCAGGUCCUCCAAGUGUCCUCAGGACCGCGAGCUUCCCAGCAUCCCUCCCAACAAUGCCCUUAUCGGGGACGGACCCCCACCCUCAGGGGACAGCACCUAUGAGGUGGUGAAGGAGAUCGCUGUGGCGUCACGUGACGUCAGCGUUGAAGACUCCCUGUAUGAGACGGUCAAGGAGCUCAAAGACCCCCCUGCGCAGCUUGGCCUCCCCAACGGUACCGUCCAGCUGAGCCCCGACGAACCUCCCCAUCAUCAUCCUCAUCACCCCCCCGCCCUCCUCAACGGCCACCUCAGCCCCUGCACACCUGAGCGGGUGCCCCUGUGCGCGGGGGUGGAGUAUGCCUCCAUCGACCUCAAUAAGAAGAGCCGUCACAGUGCCGACAUGGAGGCCAAACGGCGCUCUGAUAAUGCCACCACACCUUCUCACAAGCCUCUGGAGGAGCCAGAGGAGGACUUACCUCCACCAGUACCAGAGAAGGUUCUGGAUGAAAACGACAACCAGCCAGUGAUGAUGAAUGGGCUGGCGGGGGCUGGGCUGCACAACGGAGAGGUGAGGAUGUUACACUCCCCUCUGUCUCCUGCACCAGGGUUCGACAACCACGUUCUGUCAGACAAUGAGUCAGCUGUGUACUCUACAGUCAACAAAACAAACUGUGACGAUGGCGUAAACGAGGAGGAUAAAGAGCACGACUACAGCAGCAUCGCCGAGAUCAAAGGCCUGGUCCCGGCCUCUUCUUCCAGCGACCUGUACGCCACCGUCCGAGACAUCUACACCCAGCCCGACGAGCCCCAGCCGAUCGGGGAGGACCCGGUCUUGGACAGCACAGAUCCCGGCUACGAAACCAUCCGCAUCCCAAAGACUGGUAGCUCGGAUGAUGGCUGCAGGGCUGGGCUGGGGGCGGAGGGGUCAGACGCUGCCAAAGCAGAGCCUGACUACGAGAGUGUCGGAGAGUUGGGUCUGGGCCGGGAAACGUCCCGCCUCUGAGUUUUUGCAUCAUCAUCAUCAUCUGUGGCGGUUUGGGAGAAGCUUACAGACGUCACUGCAGUGCUUUGAACCUGCUACCCAGCAUGCUUUUGGUGCAUGACUUGGUGGGUGGGGGGGAGGCAACAGAAAAUGACUCACCACACCGCAUCCAUCAUCAAUGCAUGAGUGUCCUCUUUACAGCUUGGGUACGGUUUAUCAUAUCUGAACUUUUAAUUUAUCACCCAGGGUCAAUGUCAUUGGUACUGGUAGGCCUACUAUUAAACAAACUGUAGUACCUCAGUCGCUGGGCAUUAAUCAUGUGGAAGAUUGCACUUUUAGAUCAUCAUUAAAUUCCUCUGUUUAAUCUCUGCUGACAGUGCAUAUCAAGAACACUUGAUUGUGAAAAAAUAUCAAAUAAAUAUCAAAUAUUCUAUCACAACACACAUGCAGCAUUUCAAGUGUUAGCUGAGGACACAAUCUGUGCCUGCGAUAUAAAAAAAAUACCAAGAGUUCAGUGCCAUAUACAUAGACAUAUAUACAUAUACAAAUUCAUGCACUUACUGUACAUAUGAAGGUAACAUUAUUUGUAUGCCCCAUCUGCAGCUGCUAUCGACUUUCUAGCUUCUUUCAGGUGACUCAGUGUGUCAUGUUUUAUUGAGACAUCAUGGUGUUAUUUCUAGGCUAUUCCUAGUCAGGUUGGCAGCACCUCCACUGUGCAUUCCUUGCUUGAAAUUCCUGUGAAUGGGAUCUUGGCAUGGAAAGUAAAAAAAAAAAAAAAAGCCAGUCUCAUCUGUGACCAAAUAGUGAAAGACAAACAUGGCAUUUAACAGAUUAUGCCAUCGAGUGUACUGCUACAUACAUGUGCUACUUUGAGACUGUACACUUCAGAGGUGUGGGUUCCACAUGUUACACAUCAGGAGAUAUGAAACUAGUCAUCUGCAGAACCAAAAUGGGAACAAGAGCUUAGGGAAUGAGGUCGAUUUCACUCAAGCUUGCAGUUUCACAAUACAUUUUUAAUGGAUUUUUAGAGUUUUUACAGUCCAUGUCAACAUUUUUGUGUGAAAUUCAUAUUUAUUUGAAGGUGCAUAUUGUUGUGUAAUUGUGAAAUGUUACAAAGUAUGUCUGUGAGAGUAAAGUAAAUAGGGUUUUAUAGAAGUUUCUAGCAUUUUUACUGAGAUACUAAAUGAAAAUGAGUUGUGAGAUAAUGGCUGUAAAGGUACGCUUUCCCCUGACUUUUUAAAAUAAUUCAUUGUUUAAAAAAAAACAACAUGUAAUGAAACCAUAUUUUCUUUUGUUGUCAUUUUGCAAAGGGGUCAGAACAAAUUCAAGACUUGUAAUGUGAUACAAAUGACACAACAAACUUGUAUUAUUAUUGCAAAUGUUUAUUGAUCAGCUGUAGUUUUUGGUUGUCAUGCUUUUUGAGCCUACUCUUGGUACAGUAUACAGUCUUCAGUUGGCAUCUUUGAUUAUUUUAAAGCACAAGAUUUAAUAUUAUGGUACUGCAUUUAUAUACAGCUUAUCAAAAGCAUCAUUACAAAUCAGUUAGAUUUCUGCACAAUUUGAAUAUCUAAUGCUAUUUGACUUACUUGUAGCACUCUGAAUAAAAAAACAUAUCUGUCUGUAGCUUGUACUGACGACAUGCCAACCAAGGCUUGUAUAUAGUUAGAGCACUAUUUUAACCGUUACUUGCUGGAAGUUUUAUGUACGCUUUACUUAUUUGUACAAUGCUCAGAGUGAUAUAAUUUUAGAAUAAGUCUGUCAAGAGCACUGAUUAUAUGUCUGCCUUGUUUUAAGGAAAACCCUAAAACCCUGUUGUCCAGUGGCUUUUUGCCUUGUAAUGUAAGAGAUGUAAGAGUUGUCAAAUAACCUUUGAGUUCUGAGACGUAGUAACCAAUCAUCUGUCAGAAAUAUGGUACAAUGUUUUGGUACAUGCAUUUUAAGAAAUAGCGAGUGUGGUACUUUUAUUUAAAAAACUGAAUUAUUGUCUAAAUACUGUUGUUUGAUGUUUAGUUUCAAAUUAACAGGGCCAAUGCAUUUUUUUUUUUUUGCUGUAAAUAUAUCUUUCUCUGCUACAGUGUCUCCCGCCUUUUGCAGAGCAAUUGGAGUCAUCUGCUCCCGCCCACAUCAAAAUAUUAUAGCGUUAGAGUAUCUCCAGCCUUACUUCAUGUUUCAUUAGACAUGCAGGAGCUUGUCAGUAGUUCAGACAAACAGAGGCAGGCCUUGCUGACUGGUAUUAGAUUCAUAAAUGAUAUCAGACAUUGGAAAUGCUGUUAUAUCUUCCGGCAAUGCUACAGUGAAAGAAGAUUUUCAAUGCAAUCUACUACCAGUAUUUUUUUUAACAAAGAUGGGCAAGUGAAUCCCUCAAAAAAACUGUGUUCAUUUCUGCAAAAGGUAAUUAUCAGUGUUAUAUACACUCCCAAGAAAUACAUGACCCUUUGAGUACAAUUGUUUUUACAAAGUGACGUGGUUGCGUAUCAGGGUGGUGGCAUCGUUUAGAUAUAAUGGUGUUCACAGAGUGCUAUAAAUGACCUCUAAGGAAAUGAUCUGCCAGAGGGGGAUGUUUUAGUGCCAAAUGUAAUCAGGACAACACACACAUCGCACACACUGUUAAUAGAUACUUUCCUAAAAUCACUUAUUCGCUCUAGCAGUCUGUCUUGGUCAUAUAAACACACACACACACACACACAUUCCCCUUCAGGGAAUGGGGGUGUCGUAGGGGUUCGGAGAUGCUCCUCUGCUGCCUCUCCUACAGCCCCACUACUCCCAUAAUGAGACCAUUUGUCCCCCUCCUACAACCAGCAGACAAGUCCAUGGUGACACCCGCCUUUGAUCACAGGGCAAAGCCUGUUUUGGCAGUUAUGGCCACAUCUGUCACUUCCGCUCUGUCCGGUUUCAAUUCUCUGCAUGUAAAUAUUUUAUGACAUGAAUUGUUCUAUUAAAAUAUAUAUAUAAUAAA